AAACCAAAGAUGAGCUGGUUUGUUAUUGUCUGCUGCUUCUUUAUACUCCAAAAAGUUGCUUUCGUUGCUUUAUUUGGUGGUAAAUUGAGGAGAUUCUUUAAUUACUCUGAUUGCAUCCAUUGAUGAAACUCACACUCUCCUUCCUUACUUCUGAUGUUGGGUAUUUAUUCUUUGCUUCAUCUGCACUUUUAUAAUUCUCCUUACUAUCAGGUGUGUUACUCCCAUUUCAUCAUUAGAGCAGUUUUUCUUACACAGAUCUCGGUUUCCGCUCCUGCAGAGGGAAGCUUCUGAUUGGAAUGUGAGCCGAAGGUGGAAGGCAGAUUCUUGUUUUUAUUAUCAUUCUGUAUGUGCAUGGUCUCCGCUUUCUAAUUUGCUCCCUCCCUAAAUGUGUUCGGCGGUGCAUGGAUGAUCGAGCAUGGGUACAGCCUGGGAGGGGGGGGGGGCACAUGUAGGAGAAAUUGACUGUUUUAUAUAAAUCCCAUUUCAAAGUGCCAACACUCUCUGCCCUUCUCCCUGUCCUCCCUAUGUGUGCAGUGAAUCAUAUUUGCAGUAGGUGGCGCUCUUCAUUCACCAGCCGACAUUGCUGGCAACCGAAAAAGGCAGCAUGAAGAGGGGGAGGGAAUGAGGCUCAAGCCUUUAUCAUUAGAAACCUCAGAGCAUGAAUUACCUCCACGAAGUCAUCGGCGAGAAUUUACGAGUGGUCUGCAAAACAGUCACAUGAUCGCGGCCCCUCCCUCUCCGUCUCCUCCCUCACCUCCCCCAUGACACACACACACACACACACACACACAUCUACAUCCAACACCCCACCCCCCUAUUUGGACGGCGCAUACAAAGCUAAAAACGAAGUACAGUGCAACGCCAUAAUUCACUAAUACAUCAUAAAUCGUUGAAAGUACCAGGGUUGUAACGACCGGGAGAAAUCUAACAAAUCAGGCCCACCCCCCCCUCCAACACCCCCCCCUUUACAACUCAGCUGUUUGCCUGUAACUCUGUAAAACAACUAAAUGAGUUCCUACUUUGUAAACUCGUUCUCGAACGGUCCCGACUAUCAGCUGCUAAAUUAUGGAGCCAGCAGCGGCGCAAUGAACAGCGGGACGUUCAGGGACUCCUCCUCCGCCACCAUGCACCAUGCGACGGGCUCCUAUGGCUACGGCUACAGCGGCAUGGAUCUGACCGUAUCCAGCCGAGGAGGGGGGGGGGACCGAGCCGCGAGCACCGGAGGACAGUUCGGGGGAGGCUCGGCGGUUGAGUUCUCCAGGGGUUUCGGCUUCAGACAGCCGGCCAGUUGCUCCCUCUCCUCCGGGGGGAGUUCUCUCCUGACAGGCGGCCGUGAGAACAGCAAGCCGGGCGCGCAGAGAUCUCCCACCUCAGAGCGACCAGGAAGCAGCAACCUCAGCUCUCCAAACCUGUCCGCCGCGGCUGGCGGCACGACGCCGCGCUUCACGGAGCUUGAAGACGCUUCGGGAGACAGCGAGGACCUGCUGGACUGCAGAGAUGCCGUCCGUGGGGAUGAUUCACCGGCGCGAUCCAGAGCAGCUGAGAAGCAGGAAGGCGACCCGGCGGGCUCAGCUGCUGGCACCAGGGGCAGUGACGCGCACGCACCUCAGAUUUUCCCCUGGAUGAGAAAACUGCACAUAAGCCAUGAUAUGACGGGCCCGGACGGGAAAAGGGCGCGGACAGCCUACACCCGCUAUCAGACUCUGGAGCUGGAGAAGGAGUUCCACUUCAACCGGUACCUCACGCGGCGGCGGCGCAUCGAGAUUGCUCACGCGCUCUGCCUCACGGAACGACAGAUCAAGAUCUGGUUCCAGAACCGGAGAAUGAAGUGGAAGAAGGACAACAAGCUUAAAAGUAUGAGUCUGGCUCCGGCCGGCGGUGCCUACCAACCCUAGGAGGAAGGGGAAGCUGCUCCUUCAGCUUCGUGUUUGUCUGGGAGGCAAACUGGACAAAAGCGCAAAGAGGUGUCCAAGG